AUCCUCUGUUGCAACACUCACAACUGAGUUCCAAACAGCCUCUGGAAGCAAAGUCAGCACAAGAACUGUUCGUCGGGAGCUUCGUGAAAUGGGUUUCCAUGGCCGAGCAGCCGCUCACAAGCCUAAGAUCACCAAGUCAGGCCUUCAAGCAGUGACUGUCGCUGACGAUAUCAAGGAAAAAGUAAAACUUGACUUACCUAAAGUCAAAGGUCAACUACUCAUUUUCGGCGCCACCAACUGGGAUCUCAUCGGAAGGAAAGAGGUGCCAAAAGCACAAGCAGCCUUCAGGAACCUAGGCCAGAACUUGUGGGGUCCUCACCGCUACGGCAGCAUGAGUGACGUGCAGGUCAGCAGUGUGGUGUCUGGGCCCUGUGCUGCCCACAGCCUCCUAAUCACCACUGAGGGCAAGCUCUGGAGCUGGGGUCGAAAUGAAAAGGGUCAGCUGGGUCACGGGGACACCAAACGCCUGGAGGCCCCAAAACUGAUUGAGGCCCUCGCAGACGAAGUGGUGGUGGCUGCAGCCUGUGGUCGCAACCACACCCUGGCAUUGACCGAGGGUGGCACCGCCUACUCGUUUGGAGAGAACAAACUGGGCCAGCUGGGCCAGGGCAACCAAACAGAUGCAGUCCUCAGUCCAGCCCUGAUCCAGUACAAUGGGCAGCCCUUGGUCAAGGUGGCGUGUGGGGCAGAGUUCAGCAUGGUGGUGGACUGCAAAGGAAACCUCUUCUCGUUCGGUUGCCCAGAGUAUGGCCAGCUAGGACACAACUCUGACGGCAAGUUCAUUGCCCGCGCCCAGCGCAUCGAGUUUGACUGUGAGACCAUUGCACGCCGCGUGGCCAUCUUCAUCGAGAAGAGUAAGGACAGCCAGGUGACGCCUGUACCUAACGUGGUGGUCCGAGACGUCGCCUGCGGAGGCAAUCACACGCUGAUAUUGGACUCCCAGAAGCGGGUGUUUUCCUGGGGCUUUGGUGGUUAUGGACGGCUGGGUCACACGGAGCAGAAGGACGAGAUGGUGCCCAGACUGGUGAAGCUCUUCGACUUCCCCGGGCGCGGGGCUUCCCAAAUCUACACUGGCUAUCAGUGCUCCUUCGCUGUAAAUGAGAUGGGAGGGCUGUUUUUCUGGGGGGUCACCAAUACCUCGCGUGAGUCUACCAUGUACCCCAAGGCUGUUCAGGACCUGUGUGGCUGGAAGGUCCGCAGUCUGGCGUGCGGGAAAAGCAGUAUAGUUAUCGCUGCAGACGACAGCACCAUCAGCUGGGGACCCUCCCCCACCUUUGGAGAACUGGGAUACGGAGACAACAAGGCCAAGUCCUCCACUACUGCUCAGGAGGUGAAGACCCUGGAUGGAGUUUACACUGAACAGGUGGUGAUGGGAUACGCACACUGCCUGGUCAUCGCCAGACAGGAUACUCCACAGGAACAAGAGAUGCUCAAGAAGCUGCCAGAGUACAACCCACGCACGCUCUGAUGGGGCACCAUCCAGCCACCUUACCAUUUGUCAACAGAUUCUCUCCAGAAUGCAUCUCCCCUUUAGGUCACCUUUGUAAGGCUUGAUGGAUGGCUGGGGAGGGUGGGCUCUUGUAUGUAUGCGAACACAAACAAGUCAGUUCUUUUUGUGUUUGUUCCCAAAGACCAAUUACAUUUUCUUUGUUCAUGAAGUCCAUGGCAGUAUUACUUUUUGUCAGGUCGAUCUGUAUGCAUUGUCAGAACACAAUCGGGAUCUGAGACAUUGUGCCAUCAAGUUGAUGCUCUCCGGCCAUUGACUUCUGUUAACAUUCUUUGGUUAAUCUCUUCACUUGUACGAUUAAAUGUUGGUGCCAAGGAUGUGCAACUGUCUCUCAGGCCAGUAUCUGCUUGUCAUUCCAGACUUUUUUCACCUCAGUGACUCCUUUUAGCCUGGGAAUCCAGGUGUGGGCACUGCAAUCUUGGCAAUGAGAAUGUGGUUUUGCGACUCUCUUUUAGUCCAAAUGGUUAACAGGGUGUGGUUAUCCUAGUUUUAAAUCAAGACUGGUUGUUUUUCUUAAUUUGUUUUGGUCAAAGGCCCGCAUGUUUUUUACAUUUCAAACGUGGAAAUGGUAAAGGUUAAUUAAAUUGUUUGAUUUUGUUCAGUCUGUUCUGACAUUGCCUCUCUCCUGCCCCAAGAGGGGUUAAAAGCUUUUGUUGGCCAGUACAUCUUGUCAUCACUGCUGUAAACAGCCUGGUUUUGACCACUGUAUGUAGCAGUUAGUAUGCAUCCAUCUGCUGACCAAUCAUCCACCGUAAUUUGGGUGAGCUAGGAGUAGAUGACUGGGAUCGUACAGAUGGGCAAGUUUCUUGUACAUACCGAUGACGUGCACUCUAUGGGUUGAUUUCGGGCCACACUUCUAGCAUCAAUCUGAUUUAACCAAUUCUGACAAGCAAAUUUCCCCAUUUACCAAUGAGCAUAUCACACCUUACACAGGUUCUGAGCUGCCAAAUACUUGAGAUUCAUUUACAGAUGGUUAUGCUGGAUUAACAUUGUGGAAGGUUGACUGUUUUGUCUGCAUUUUGGGAGUUAUGGCUAGCUGAAUCUAGUGCCUUCAGAAAGUAUUCAUUCCUGUUCACAGUUGUUUCAGCCUGAAUGUAAAAUGUACUACAUUGUUUUUUUUACACUUGUAUACAAACACCCCAUAAUGUCAGAAUUGUUUAAAUUUGUACCAAUUAAAUAGCUGAAAUGUCUUGA